UCAGUGGAGUUUGACAGGGUCACGCGUAAAGAAGGUUAAUUGCUGUAUCUAGCAAAAAAGAAAAGCUAAGUCUAUGAAGAUUUAAAUAUCUCAUUUGAAGUUACAAGAUCUGUGGAAGCAGGCAGUGAUUGUAACCAAUUAAGCUGCUUGCCAUGGCCAGUGCUGGAGCAGCGGUUCACCAUUUAUUGAGCAGGACUGCUGGACACUUCCCUGGGCAGCGUGCGUCAGUGCUGUUGAUGACCAGGGCUUUGUGUAGCUGCACACUCAAUAGAAAAAUGACAUCGCAUAGAAAAACAGACCACCUGGAGAGAACUGCUAAUAACUUCAGACAGGAGAUUCUCUCUCCGGCAACAGUAUGUGGGAUUGUAGUCGAGUCUGAUACAGUCAAAAGACUUCGGCUGGCAAUAAGAAACAAAGACUUCAGUUUCAAAGCUGGACAAUGGGUGGAUUUCUUUGUCCCUGGAGUUCCGAAGGUUGGUGGUUUUUCAAUCUGCUCAUCCCCUGGGCUGUUGAAAAGAGAGGGAGUCUUGGAGCUAGCUGUCAAGUACAGCAAACAUCCCCCUGCCCACUGGGUACAUACUGAGUGCACCCUGGACUCUGAAGUAGCCUUGCGUGUGGGAGGGGAUUUCUAUUUCAACCCUGUACCUUCUGAGCCUGAGGUGGAGCUGCUGCUGGUGGCUGGUGGAGUUGGGAUUAACCCCUUGUACGCCAUACUGCUGCAUGUGGCUGACCUCCACCGGCUGAGGGCUAGCCAGGGCUGGGGGUAUGAGCCAGGAGCAGUGCAGCUGUGCUACUCUGCAAAAAAUACACAGGAACUGCUUUUUAAGAGUACUAUAAUCGGGGUUGCGCAAGAGUUUCCAGGCAAGAUCGCAUGUGACUUCUACGUUACACAGCAGGAGACAGAAAUCGGGGAAGAGCUUGGACCAUACAUAACGGAGGGAAGAAUAUCUGAAGAGAUCUUGGAGAAACACAUAUCAAAUAACAGCCUGUGUUACAUCUGCGGCCCUCCUCCCAUGAUCGAGUCAGUCUCUGGGCAGUUAGAACACUUGGGGGUUUCGAAAGAGAGAAUUCUCUUUGAGAAGUGGUGGUAGUCAACAGCAGACACUGAGGACAAUGCAUUGAGGCAGUAAUGGGAAUGUUCACAACCAGUAGUCCUGCAGUACAAGCUAUGCCAGGUUAGCACUUUGUGACCAUGAGGCCUGAAGGCUGUUCACUUUUUUGUGUUUAUUAUGUUUGUGGGCUAAAAGAAAAAAAAAAAACACCUUUUUUAAGUGUUGUGAAAUAUACCUCUUGGAAAUAAUGUUUUGGAAAUGCAGAAAUUCUUGUUUUAUCAAAAAUAUUAUUUGUAUAACUUUUAUUAUUUUAAAUGUUUUUACUGAUUUUCUAUUAUUGUUUUUUUUUUUUAAUGAAUUUUGAAACUAGUGACAUCUAUUCUAACAUAUGUAUUCUAUUCUCUCUGUUAAUAUACAUUUUUAAGACGUCUUAGUCUUACUUGUAAUUCCUUAUUCAAAAUACUGUGCCUCUAAAAUGAACAUGUGUUUUAUGCAGUGUGUAAUGCUGCUAUUGCACCAGGAAUCACUUGAAGCAUUAGAGUUAAAGGAUAACAUGUCAGAGAAAAUGUUCCAAGUUUUGCUUUUUACAAACUAGAAUAAUAACAUUGCUAAACUAUAUAUAUAUAUAUAUAUAUAUAUAUAUAUUAUAUAUAUAUAUAUAUAUAUAUAUAUAUAUAUAUUUAUAUAUAUAUAUAUGUAUAUAAACAUUAUGGGUACAAUAUUUCAUUUGAGGUUUUGAACUAUUUAAAGUUUGCAUUGGAGAAAAAGCUGAGUAAGCCUACCACCGCUGUCUUAAAAUGUGAGGUAAAGCAGAGUUUUGUAGGACUGCUUUUAGGUUUUGUGCAGCUUUUAUCUGCUGGUGACUCUGUGUACAUUCUUCUUUCCCUCAAGUUGAUCUUACUUUUGUAACAAGUGUUCUCCUUAACAGCCCUUCAAACAGAACAGCUUUAUUAAAAAGGUAUUGCAGUUUUAAGGAAGUAUGGCUUACCACUUGGUAACAAUUUGUGUUAGUUUGGUAUUUGUAACUACAGAAAAUAAAAACAUUUAAAACA